GCGCGAAUUCUGAGCUCCGAUUUGGUCGAUUGUGACGGACGUGAACAGCUGCCGUCUGAGCUUCAACGUGUGAUGAUGAAACUGGGGUGGCCUGGUUUACUGGGGCACAAGCGUGUGCAGUCACAGGAAGUAUUUACAGAUGGAAUUCUAGGGACUUGACAUGGGAGGCUCCUAGACCUCACCUCAAAAAAAAAAAAAAAGAAAACACCAGAGCCAUCUUUUGCAAGUGGGCGGAGGGUCUAAAAUAAAAUCAGCUGUCACUGCGUGCUUGCUGGGCAGAGGUGAACACAUACGAGCGGAGCUGGACUCCCGAGGCUGACUGGGAUUUGUUUAAAGGGAUUGGACCGACCCCGCGGGCCAGGGUGUAGCGAGGGAUUCUACCUGCUGUGCUUUUUUGAUAACCACUUUUACCUGCUGCGGGCAGUGCAGGCUGCAGUGGAGCGAGACUUCCUACAACACAUAUAACCGCAGCGACCAGAAUCAUUGAGAGGUCAACACACUGACCCACUGCGAGGCCAUGUUCCAGCCAGCUGUCUCCUCCCGAGUCGGCAACAUCAUCCCCAGCGGGGCCAUGGAGGAGACAGAGGUCUGUUCCCUGCCAGGCGGAGUUGCCGGUGUGAGAAAACAGUUUGAGAGCCAGGCAACGACAACAUCUCAUGUAACCCAGCUGCAUUUUCAUCACAGAGCUGUGCAGGAAACAACUAGCUCUGAGGUAACAGUGUCCAGCAGCAGACAAGCCGUCCAGUCCAGUCAGCAGCUCAAUUUCACCCAAGCAACUAUGGAGUCUCACAGUGAAAGUCACAUGGAGUCCAGUUACAACAACCAUGAAAACGAAGAAGAGGAUUUUCCCAAGUACACUACUAAAGAACUGAGGGCUCACUUUGAAAAAACCAUAGAGGAGGCUGCCCCACCGAAACCCAUCAAGAUUGUCCGUGACAUCAAUCGAGCAAAGUGGUCCUCAAGUGCGACACAAAGCAACACAGUGGCUACUGAGGUGUGUGAAGCACCUGCUGUUGAAGCUCCCCAGGAGACAGUGAUGGAUUUUGAGGACUUUCCACCUCCUCCAGAAGAUCCUGACUAUCUGCCUCCCCCUCCUCCUGACUUAUUGGAAAUGCCUAAUGAUGCAGAACUCAUUCCAGAGCAUCAUUACUCACCUGAGCCACCCGCAAUCUCGAAAUGCACCCUCAACAGAGAGACUUACGUAAAGCAGCGGAGGAUGAAUGAACUGAAACGUUUGUACAAACACAUCCAUCCGGAGGUGCGGAAAAACAUUGAGAAGGAAUGCACUGAGUACAGCGAGAGCGCCAACAACAGAGUGGAGACUCACGAGUACAUGUAUGAAUAUGACAGCGAUGACAUGUACGACGACGAGGAGGGAGAGUGGGAGGAGAUUCUCCCGGGAGAAGUGCAGGCCAUGCGCUGGAGGUUUGAAAACAAGCCACUCGAUGCCAUCAAGGAUGAAACACCAGAGGAAGUUGAAGACAAUAGGAACGCUAUUGAACAGGAAAUGAUCCUUGGAAAAGAUGUGAGACGCACCGCAUGGAUGUUUGAGACAAAAUCAAUGGAUGUGCUGGGUUCACACAACACAAACACCACAGAAUAUAGGAACAAAUUCAACAAACUGGACAAGGGCGACGUCCGCGCUGCAGCGUGGUUGUUCGAAACCCAAGCUAUGGAUAGUCUCAACAAAAUGCACAAAGAGGAGGAUCUCACGAAAGAGAUAGUGUUUACGGAGGAGGAUGGAGACGCGACUAUAUACAUGAUUGACAACAAGUACAUGGAGAGCCUUGGCCACACCGAGACUAUUGAUGAGAGCCGCUUGCUGAGCUUGAGGACCGUGUUGGAGGAGAUUAAUGGCGAGGUUAAGACCGUUACCAGCACCUUCGACACUCAGUUUCGGUGUAUUAUCAUGGGACAGUCCAGCCAAAUGCUGGAAAUCAAGUCUGUGCGGAAAAUCGAGACAGAGUUAGAGAACUCCAUCGCGUCACGUUGGCUGUUUGACACCCAACCCCUUGACAGGACCUCAGCUGAAUCGUCCCCUCUCUGGCUUAUUUGUAGCCUUUCAAUGGAGGAUGGAAAUAAAGGAGACUGGGGACGGUGGUUGUUUGAAAUAAAGACAUUGAAUUCCCUCCAUGACUGGGAAAGCACGAUACUAGAGAGGAAAGUUGUCGGAGCAGAUGUGCGCAAACACUGCAUGGUGUUUGAAACACAACCAAUGGAUACACUGAAGGAUGAUUCAAAUGCCAGAAGUCAAACCAUUGAGGACAUCAUCGGGGGAAACGUGAGAUCCGCCAGAAACUUUUUUGAAAACAGCCCCAGAGUAGAGAGGAAGAAUCUGCUUGAUGUGGGAAAACUCAAGAAAACUGUCGCAGAUGAGGAAAUGAAGGGGGAUGUCAGACACCAGAAGUGGCGCUUUGAGAGUCAGCCUCUAGAGCAUAUUCGAGAGGAGAAGAAAGAGGUAACACGCACGGUGAACAUUGAAAGCGACCUCACACAGGAAGACGGCACAUGCUGCAGGGCAGAUGUCCGAAAAAACUGCUGGGUUUUUGAGACACAACCAAUGGACACUUUAAAAGAUGAUUCAAACACUCAGUCCUUGUCCAAAGAAGAAAUCAUUGCAGGAAAUGUGAGAUCAGCCAGAAAUUACUUUGAGACGAACCCUGGUGAGGAGUUGAAGGAGCUGGCCGAAGUGGGGAAACUGAAAAAGCGAGUCGCACUCGACGAGGAGAAGGGGGACGUCAGGCAUCAGAAGUGGAGAUUUGAAAGUCAACCACUCGAGCAAAUAAGGGAGGAAAGGAAGGAAGUUAUCCGAACGAUUGACCUUGAAGAAAUCGAUAAAGUAGAUGUGUUAAACUACAAGCAUAUAUUUGAGAGCACAGACUUAACCACGAGGGAUGAAUCUCAAAAGAUUGCCAUCGAGGGAGUCGCAACCGGUUCAGUGAAGUCCAACAAAGAUCUGUUUGAGUCCAACCAACUGUACGCCAUGCAAGACAGUUCAGGGCACUUUCAUGAGGUGACAACAGUUCGCCGGGAAGAGAUCAUGAAAGGAGACGUUCAAACGUGCAAGUGGAUGUUUGAGACUCGCCCCAUCGACCAGUUUGAUGAAAACAUUAAUGAAUAUCAAAUAAUCAAGGGCAUAUCCAAAGAGGAAAUUGAAUCGGGUGAUGUAAAAACAGCAAAGUGGUUGUUUGAAACACAGCCUCUGGACGCCAUUAAAUACUUCAGUAAUAUAGAGGAUGAAGAAGUUGUCAGUAAAAGCACAGAUGUUACGAAGGGCGACGUGAAAACAUGCAAGUGGCUGUUCGAGACGAAACCGAUGGAUGUCCUUUAUGACAAAGUAGAACUAGAAAAUGGAAACUCAUCUGAAGAAAUGCUGAGGGGAGACGUGAAAACCUGUACUUGGCUUUUCGAGACGCAGGCCCUUGAUGAGAUACGCGAUGAGAAUGAAACCAUUUUGAAAACGUGCACCGUCAGAGAGGAAGACAUUCAAGGAAAGGAUGUAAGGAAGGCUUGCUUCCUGUUUGAGACGGAGAAAUUGGAAAACCUCACCGGGGAGGAAGGAGGGUCUUAUAAACGUGUCACCGAGAUCGACAUCGAAUCGGGCGACGUGUCAAAAAUGAAGUAUAUUUUUGAGAACCAAGCCACUGAUAUCAUGACGUCCACAUCAGAGGUAAACAAGCUGAAUCUAAAAAGAGUUCAGAUGGAGGACAUUCAGAGAGGGAAUGUGGUCAACUGCAAAUGGCUUUUUGAAAACCAAGCCAUAGACACUAUCCACGACAGCCAAGAAGAAUCAAUCAUCAGCCGCACCGUAAUCGAUGUCCAUGGUGGAGAUGUUAACAAGGGGCGUCUCAUUUUUGAGACAAACUCGCUCGAUAAAAUUCAAGAGGUGUCAUCAGAUAUAGCAAUGAUGAAAACACAGCGCAUUGUUCGGGAGGAGGACGAGAAAGGCGACGUUAGAAAUUACACGAUGAUGUUUGAGACUCAGCCUCUGUACGCUAUUCAGGAUAAGGAGGGCCAUUAUCACGAGGUCACCACCGUAACAAGUGAGGAAGUGACUCGAGGAGAUGUCGUUGGCACGCGAUGGUUGUUUGAGACAAAGCCUCUCGAUGCCAUCAGGGACACAGAUGAGGUUUAUGUAAUCAAAUCUGUCACACAACAGGAUGUGCAAAAAGGGGAUGUGACAUCUGCAAAAUGGAAAUUUGAAACUCAGUCUCUUGACAGUAUUGCUGAGGAAAAUAAGGCUUUGAUAAGGACUGUAGAUGACAUUCAAGGUGGCAACGUUCAGAUAAACAAGCAGCGUUUUGAGUCUGAUGCCGUUUCACAGAACUCUGUGAGGACGGUCAACGUGAGCGAGAUUCAAAAGGGGGACGUUAGGAGUGCGAAAUGGAGGUUUGAAACUCAGUCGAUUGAUAAAAUUAGAAGUAUGAGCUCAGAAAAUCUCAUCGAAACGGUCAAAAAGGAAGAGGUUGCCAAAGGUGACGUCAAACAGUCAGUGUGGCUUUUUGAGAAAAACCCUCUGGACCACAUCAAAGAGGUGAACGAGGACGAGAGCGUGGCCAUCGAUCAGGAAGAGAUCCCAAAAGCUGAUGUGAAGACAACAACGUGGCUUUUCGAAACUAAACCUUUCGGGGACUUCAAUGAGGCGAGGACAGAAAGGACUGAAAUCAUCGGGAAAAGCAUCAAGGGAACGCUUGAAGAACUCUACAGUCAGAAAAUGGUGACCUCAAAGGGAAUCCUCAUAGAGACCGAUGAAAUUGGAGACGUUAGGAUGGCUAAAUAUCACCUCAUGAAUCAACAGGCUCCAGAGAUUCAACGGGAGGAAGUUAUUCGGGGAGAUCUGCAGACUAUAAUGAUGAAUCUCCUGAAUAAACAGGAACGAAAGGAAAGGCAGGUCGUUGUCGACUCAGAGGAGAAGGGUAAUAUCAGUUCAACGGUUCAGCAACUGUUUAACCAAGAACGCGACAGCAGUGUCGAACGGGAGCAAAUACUAAGAGGCGACAUACAGAAAGCUAUCACCAAUCUUUUUGAUAGUGGCAGUGCUGCCAAACAUGGGAUCCUUAUCCAGGAGGAUGAGAAGGGGGAUGUCCAAAUGACAAUAUACUCUCUGAUGAAUCAAGAAGAGAAUGCUGCCAUUGAAAAGGAGGACAUAAUUCGCGGUGAUAUUAAAAGUGCUCUCCAAAGUCUGGCGGACUCAAACAGGCAAGAUCUAGCCAGAAUAAGAGUAGAUGACAGUGAGAAAGGCAACGUCAAUUUUUACUCAACAUGCAUUGAAUCCGGAGCUCUCAGUUAUCUAAGAGAACUGAAUUCAGAGUCUGACGAAGUCAUGCCUGAAAAGGAAAAGAUAAUCGGGGGUGAUGUCAAGGGAACAAAAUACAUUCUCUGCCACAACCAAACCCAAAUUGAGCGCACAGUGGAGGACGUGAUCCCAGGUGACGUCCAGAAAAGAGUCCAAGUGUUCACCUCAGAACCGUCUUUCACAUCAGACGGCUUGUUGAAGGAAGAGAUCGUCAGAGGGGAUUUGAAAGCCGCGUUAAGUUCAUUAUCUGAAUCGGCGAACCACACGGUUGUUGUUGAGAAAGAAGAGGUGGUGAAAGGAAAUAUACCAAAAGCCCUGCGGUGUCUUGAGCGGGCUCAGCAUCGACAGAAGGAGGUGGAGAAACCUGAUAUUGUCCGUGGGAACAUCAAAGGGGCUCUAAGAUCUCUGGAGAAGUCAGCGACAACGAAAGUGGAAGCAGUUGUUGACGAUUUGGUCCCCGGAGAUGUCAAGGCCACGCUGAAGUCUCUUGAGAUGGCAAAGAAAACAGUGAGGGAAGUAGAGAAGGAAGAGAUUAUAAGAGGGGAUAUUCACAUGGCGAUGCAAUCCCUGCAAGAUGCUAAUGUUGACAAGGUUAAGUGCCAGCAAGAAAUUGAUGUUCAAGGAGAUGUGAAAGGAACGAUCCAGCUUUUGCUGGAGCCCCCUCCUUCUCCGAAGGUGCAGAGGAGCGCGAUUGUCGAGGAUGAUGUAAGAGGGGACGUCAAGAUGUCAAUUAAGGCCUUGUAUGAGGGACAAGAACAAACCCAACUGGAGAAGGAAGAAGUAAUAAAGGGCGAUGUUAAAGGCAAAAUUAAAUCACUGAUGGAAACCGCACAGCGUGAAACUCCCAAGGUCAGAAUGAAAGCGUACAGGAGAGUGAAGCAGAGGCCUCCAGUGAAGAAUCUCAAUGCAGAUGCGCAGAGGAAUGUGCAAAAGAUUAAAACAGCAAAGCCUGUUGAGACAGAAAACCUCUCAUGUUUGAGUAAAACAGAAUCCAGUGAAGUAAAGUCUUCCACCGUGGUGCGCUCUACCACCCAGUCGAAAUGCACAGUGGAGCACAAAACAAUCACCCAGAACCACGGGAUUAAAACGUUGAAGACGCAGUUCCGAAAUCUGAAUUCCAAGCAAAAGGGCAUGAUGAAAAGUGAUAAGACUAAAGUGGAAACAGAUGUUUAUACGCUGAAGGUGCCAGAGUCUGACCUGCCUCUUCCACCUCCUCCCCCACCAGUUGCGGACUCUGACAUGCUUCCACCUCCUCCACCUCCGUGUAUAGACUCUGACAUUGACACUCUUCCACCUCCUCCCCCGCCACUGACCAGUGAACCGGACUUCCUCCCACCACCUCCUUCUCAACAGGAACUGGAAAGCAUCCCUUCUCCAGCAAAAGCCAAGAAGAUGACGGUAAAGAAAGUGAAUGGUCCGGUGUUGUGUCCUGUACCGAAACUGGAGAAGAAAGUGGAGUUUAAUAAAUCUGAAGCAGUCAAAACUGAAUCAGUUGUCCACAUAAAGCAGUCGAAAAUCACAACUGAUACAUCCAAAAGAUCUUCGGCAGAGAUUCCUCCACCUCCUGAAUCACCCAAACCACUUAACAAAGUUUCCAUUUCUCCUGUCAGAUUUACUCCUCCACCUUCGCCGACUCCAUCUGUGAAGGGGAAAACAAGUAAAUUUAAUACGCCGUUGAUGAAAGCUGAGGAAAAAUUCAAGAAGUUGAGGGAAGAAAGAACGCCUCCGACUACUCCUCCUCCACCCUAUACCCAUGAGGCUCUGAGUUCCACGCAUGAUUUGAUAUCCAAAGACGAAAUGACACAGAAAAGAUCAGAAAUUCCACCGACUGUUUCGGAAAUCAUCACAAAUACUCAGUCAGGUGUUGUGUCUGAGGUCGUUGUCUCAGGUACAACUCUAAGAAGCAUGAGCCACAAAAAAGAGCUCAUACAGGCUGAUUCCACCAGUAUAACGUCGAAACAAAAACUUUCUAAAAAAGAAAUGGUCUCUUCAGUUCGACAGGAGACAUCACAAAUAAGCAUUUCCUCCAAACAAUCUAGCGAGUCGAUCAAGACUCAGCAAAUCCAAACUGUGGCCACUGAUUCUGCGGAAAGAUUGACUGCUCACAGUACUGAGGAACAGAAAACACAAGCUAGUGGCAAAUCGGAAAAUAUUCAGAUUCUGGUGUCGUCAACCCAAGAAAACAUCUCCUCCAACAAAAAACAAAAGGCAGCCAAGUCACCAGAACGGCCGAAGAAGGCUGAUGAGUCUCAUGCCAAGGACCAGGAGAAGCAAGUGACGCCUAAUACAAAUGGAAAAUCAGGAAAAACAAGCCAAAAAGGGAAAAAGAACGGCAAGCAAGCCGAGAAACAGGUGGAUAUAAAGACUAAAAGUGAAUUAGUGAAACAGGUGGAAGUUAUGAUAGCAACUGAAGUAACCGUGCCCAAUGUGCCUCAAAAGGAGAAGACCGAGACCAAACCUGAGGUUAAGGUUGAGUCUACUUCCCCGACAUGUCUUUCUGAUGCUGUUGGAAAUGUCAUUGAAAACAAAACAGAGCCUCCGACACCAGCUAAGAAGAAAAAGAAGUCCAAAAAAUCUAAAGUAACUGCACAGUCCGGUCAAAGCAAGGAUGGUGUGGCUGAGUCGAGUGUGAUCCCGAUUAAAGUUGAAGCAAAAGAAAGUGCCCCUCAGCUUAGUGACAAUGCUUCUCAAACUGUUAUCGAUGCAAAAGAUGACAAGAAAGAUUCCUUGAUGAUAAAAAGCAAAGAAGAUCAGGCGCAACAGCAAAAAGUUACAAAUCAUGCAAAAGGGAAAAAUAAGAAGGCAGAUACUGUGACUCCAAAAAGUGAAGAGCGAUCACUGGUAGAGGCUGAAGUUAUUCCAAUUACUCUGACAAGCCUGUCAGAAAAGGCUGAGCUGAAAACAUCCGCCAUUGUGAGAGAGGAGAAGUAUCAGCAGCAGCAUGUUCAGAUUGUAAAGUCUCACACCAGAGAGGUGCAGGAGGUUUCAGAGAUGAACUCGACGCAGUCACUAAACACUCAGUCCAUCAUCGCCUCUGACCUGUCUCCAGGACAGAAAGGUAAACAGGAAGUUGUUAGCUCUUCACAGGAAGGGCCGGAAACGAUUUCUCACAAGGACACAACCCAGAAGCAGAAAUGUGAGGCUGUGUCUGAGAAGACUGUUGGAGGGGGGGCAUCACCAAGAAUAUCUAAAAUUAGCAUUGGUUCAGCGAAGGUUGAAAACCAUGUCAAAAGGACAACCAUACAGGAAAACAGCAAAGAAGAGUCGAGUCAGAGCAAGUCACUCGACCUUCGAGCUCCCUCUCCUUUGCUGCGGAUGCGCUCCCCCUCACCAACAUUCAUCACCAUUGAGUCCACAAGAAGGACGGACUCUCCCCAGCGCGUUUGUCUUUCCCCCACGCUGCUCCAUCGUCCUGCUACGCCUCCAACCCCGCCUCCUCGCAGGUGUGAAACACCGUCCCGGCUCACGAGAAUCACACCGUCGCCUACCUUUGACAAAGCGGAAAACUUAGCAAGGCUCAAAGACACAACCGCCAAACUCUCCCGUGGUGUCACACCGCCACCGCCGCUGUAUUCACAGCAAAUCUCAGAAAAGAAAUCUGAGAUCGUGGAGUCGCCCGCGUCGUUCCAACGACAGAUCAAAGUGGAGUCACAAAUGGAAGUGACCAGCAGAACUGAGGUGAAAGAGGUGCACGCAGCUUCAAAAAAUGUUGAGAUAGUUUCCGAAAGUUUCAGGACAGACAGAGAAAAAGUUAUGUCUGACGCACAGACCGCGUCAUGUGAGCCUUCUGAUGAUGAGUUAUCAUCCGCAUCUGUGAGAGAAAAGCGGCAGUUCUUUGAAGGCGCUCAAAAGGCUGAAGUUAACAAGACGUAUGUGAGGAAAGAGCCCAUUGAUAUCCCUGAACGUCUGGGCCCAGACAUGGAGGAGUGUGAGGAACUCUGUGCAAACAAAGACAAGGGUGAGCUACCCAGCGUGAACUUGUCAAGGCUUGUAAACAAAUUUGAAUCAAAAGAGGAGAAAACUUCCAUCGGGAAAGGGAUUGUAGCAGAAUUUGACCUCGAUGAUUUAAUAAGGAAUCUGGAAGAAGACAUCACAGAGCACGAUAUGCCAACAUUUGACAUCCAGGCUGUAAGAGAUGUGUUUGAACUCGAUAAGCAAAGCUAUGCAGACAAAGAUGAGAAACAGAAUCUGGAGGAGCCUUUGUCAACUCUGACUACGACAAGAGAAGACUUUUCAAAGCUGGGAAAUCCCGCAGAGACGAAGGAACUCGGUUGUCAGCUUAAUUCACUCUCCAUGCAGAAAAAGGAGGAACAGAAGAAACCAGAGGUGUUAACUGAGACAAAAUCAUUAACAGAACAUUUCUCCGACUUUGAUGAAUUUGGUAACCUAGUCAGCGGAACCAGGACGGCUGUCACCACACAGUUGGCGAGUUCUUCAACACAGCAGGUUCCCUUUUCGUACGCCGAUGCUGUGAAGCGGAAAACAGCUGCAGCCAGGCGGACUGAAACCUACGAUGAGGACGUUACUGAAAAAUUGCUCCGAAAUUUCCAUAAAACGUGGACGGAAAGCGAGACGGUUUUCAAGAGUCUGGGCUACACGGUCUCCGAGGAGUGCACUGUGCAGGCGUCGCAUCAGUCAACAGUGGUUUCAUCUGGCUCGAGUUCCAAAGUCGGAGCUGUGCACAGUAUGUCGGAGGAGGGUUUACCCGAUGGAUGGUCUGAUAGUAGACGAAAAAAAGUACCAUAAGUCCUGUUUCUGCUGUGAGCAUUGCAGAAAUAAAUUAAGCCUAGGAAAUUACGUCUCUCUCCACGGACACUUCUACUGUCUCCACCAUUACAGGCAACUCCUCAAAUCCAAAGGGCACUACAAUAAUGGACUCGUGGACAAACCUCCAACAGGAAGUGGUAUUCAAUUAGAUGAGAAAGAGGAAUGGAGAUAUUCAAUUAGCAGCCUAGCUUCUGCAGACAACAAAACACAUGGUGGAGAGAAAACCUUUGGUGAGAGCAAAACACAAAGCAACAAAAUAUCGGUAGUUUGGCCUCCUCAAUCUGAUUCACCCAAGAAAGUGUUUAAAUUAGAAGAAGACAUUCAGCUAGCGAAACCUCAGUGGCCACCUCCAGAUUCAUCUCCUAAGUUAUCCAAACACAAAAACACUAUCCCCAGAAGUGUCCUUUAAAUGCUCAUAUAUGCAAACUACGGAGCGAAACGAUGACCAGCGCAAGGAGCGUAGAAAGUGAAAGGAAAGUGCAACUAAAGUGUAAUGGUGUACGUGUACAGAAGGAAGCGUUGUAUAUAGUUAAUGGUGAUGGUGUGGAAGUUUGAAGAAUGUUUGAGGAAGUCAAGAGCAGGGAGUUAGAGACGGGUCGGUAGUUGUUUUGGGGUUUUUUUAAUUACCGAAAUGGAGGUGAAGGUGAUGUAGUUGAGCUUGUUGUAAUUACAAAUGUACAUCUGGAAAACAUGUGAUUCAUUUAUACAAUUGCUUUUUGUAAAGGAAACAAAGAAGGUGAGAACAAAUUUUCAUUCUGGCCUUUUUGCAAAAUCUGUUCCUGUUUCUCAACACUUCAGUCAAAUAUAUUUCUUUUUUUUACCAUAAACUGUAAAAUGUUAAGGAUGUAUUUUUCUACAUACCAUCACUUCUACAUUUUCCUUUUUAGCACCUGGUGUGCCGUCGACUGAAAGAAAAAUGUACCGUUUCGAAGUAUAUAAUGUGAAAAUGCAAAAUUCGUCAGGUGUUUUAUUUUGGACUUCUGUGUCCUCUUUUGAACAACUAAUAUUUUGCGAUCAAGAUUUUAUUUUAUAGUUUAGAUGGUUAUACCUUCCUUUAUACGAGUAAAUCCUGAUUUCAUUGAGCAUCAGGCUGGUUUACUCAAAUGUUUUCAUGAUGUAAGAGCAAUAAAGUUUUGAUUUUAAAGCCCUUUUUGCCUUCUAUAUCUUCUCUUUCUAAGAAGAAUCAACUGCAUGCAUUGUUAUUGUUUUUCAUAAACAUUUAUAUUGAAUGAAACAUAGUGUUAGAUUACACCUGUGUGCCUACAAGAGGCUACA